AUGAAUUCGACCUUUACUUUAUGUAUAUAUGAGGUUGUGCGGCCUUUUUUUAGGCAUAAAAAAGUUAUAGCAGCAGCUUGUGCUUUUGAAACUAGCAAGGCUAUUGUUGAUGAUAUCGCGGGUGAUUAUUAUUCAAUUCUCGUUGACGAAUGUCGUGAUGCUUCUGUAAUUAAAAGAACAAAUGGCAAUUGUUAUCCCAUAUGUCAACAAGAAAUUAAAGGUCAUAUAACUGAAAGAUUUCUUGGGUUUGUACAUGUCCCUUAUACGACAUUGAUGUCCAUGAAAGAAGCAAUUGAGUCGAUACUUGGAAGACAUAAGCUUAGCAUGUCUCAAAUUCGUGGGCAAGCCUAUGACGGAGCUAGCAAUAUGCGAGUACUUGAGAUUAUUCUUGAAGAUGUUGUAAGUAGUGAUCAUAAGGGGAAAGCAAAAAGACUAUUGACUUGGUUAUUGUCUUUUGAUUUUGCGUUUACUUCGAUCUUGAUGAAGAGUGUUCUCAAAGUUACAAAUGAGUUGUGUCUAAGGUUGCAAAGAAAAGAUGUAGAUAUAGUAAAUGCUAUUAAAUUGGUUCAAAUUGCAAAAGAAAGGCUAGAAACUAUGAGAAAUGAUGGCUGGGAACAAUUGGACAAAGAAGUAUCUAUAUUCUGUCACAACUCACAAGUACAACAUUAA